AUGGAUGAAACGAAUGUUACAAAGAUGGAAACAUUUGAAGAUUUCAAUAAAGUAAUACAGUCAAAUACUUCCGGAGAUGGCAUUGAAGCUGAUGCCCAACAGGAUAAUAUGUCAAUCGCAGAUAUACUUCGACAAACUGCGAAUGCAUUUUUGCGUGAUAAAUAUCUUCAAGGCUUUGAAUUUCAUGAAGACUAUCAACUAUAUUAUAAUCCUGUGUCAGGCUAUUAUUAUGAUCAGAAUACUGCUUUAUUUUAUCAUCCGUCAACAAACUGUUACUAUUAUUAUAAUAAUCAAACAGACAGUUAUGUUUAUUAUACAAGAAUUCCCUGUGAGCAUAUUUGGACAGAUAAAUUGGCUGAGCGAAAAGCGGUGGCGAUGUUAGGAGAAUCAUUCGCUGCAGGUAUGACGCAGGAUGAAGUAGAUGUCUUUGAAUGCUUGAAUUCGUUGCUGAAGGUUGUUUUGCAGAUAUUUGAUAGGAACAGCGUUGAUUGUGACAUAUUGGAUGAUGAGAUAAGUACUCAUAUCCAAGGAGAAAGAAUGGAUUAUGCUCCAUGUGUGCGUAUUAUUGAAAAAACUAGCGGUGUGUUGCAUGUAGUUACAAUUACUGGUGCUAAAAUUGGGACCACUCUGGACUGUGAAAUCCGGUUAUCUUCAGAGCAAUUUUCAACGAGUGAAUGCAGUGCUGUUAUUAAUUACAACGAAACGGAGCAAAAAUAUUUCAUGACAGUCAACGGGAAUGAUUCAGAAGUUUUUCGUAAUAAACUAAAAGUUGAUAUGGAUGAAGUAAUAGUAAUAGAUCAUGGCGAUGAAUGGAAAUUUGGAGAACAAGAAUUCUUGGCUCAUAUCCAUUACGGAACGAAUACAUGUGGCUCAUGUGAACCUGGUUUGAUAAAGCAUGAUCACAUCAUAUUGCCGGAAUCUGGUAAUAAUUCUUUAGCUGGGAAGAUAUCAAAAGAGACAUUAAGACGAAGAAAUUUGCGGAAUAUGAAGAAACAAUAUGGUAUUUUUGAUGAUGGAGAAGAACAUUACCGAUGCAAGUAUCAAAAGAAGGAACGAAAUUUAUUGGAUAGAACUACUGAAGACAAAGAUAAAUCAAUUUAUGCAAAUUGUUCGGCAAAACCUUUACCAGGUAGCUCUCAUUUAAUAGUUACAGGACAAACUUUAAUAAAAUUAUAUUUCAAACCAUUCUCAUAG